AUGGAAUCAGGAUAUUAUAGUGAUGGGUCACAUUUAUCUUCACAACAGCAGCAAUAUCAAUGCAAUCAUAUGCCAACGACCACCGUAUUACCGUCAACAUUUAAUAUUAAAAAAAUAACUGGUGUUCUUGUACCAUCUCCUUGUUCGUCUUGCACAUCAACGUUAUCAACAACAAAUAAAAAUUGUCGAAAUCAUCACCAUAAUAGUAAUGAUUGUCCAACGUUAAUUACUACAAAAUGUUCGUGUCACUGUCGACCUCGAAUGGAUACAUUGUCGUCGUCUCCUCAUUAUAAUUUACUUGGUAAUGGAAAUAAUGAUGGACAUUCGAAUUCAAAUUCGACCAUUUUAAUGACAACAAUAGCAGAAAAUGGUUCUAGUACUAUGUCGUCACAACGAAAUAAAAAACGAGGUCGAACUACAACAACAACAACAAUGAUUGAUAAGACUCAACAUAAGUAUAUUGAUCAUUCAUUAUCGUCUGAUUCACAAUCAAAUUCAGAUAAUAAUAUACGACAUGAACAAAAUGAUAUCAAUCAUGAAAAUGAAAAACGUUUGAUAGAUAGAGGAGGAUCAACAACAAUGAAUUUAAAUAUUCCUCUACCACCAAAUAUACCAUUAGAUCAUUCAACACUUCUUACACAAUUAAAAACUGCGCAACGUCAUUCGACAUUUUUAUGCGAUAAUUCUUCACAAAAUUAUCAGACACCGCCACCUAUUCCACCACCACCACCACCACCAUUACCAUCAGCGUCAGCAUAUCUUAUUCAAACACAAUCUGGCAAUGCCAUACUUAUACCUCAAAGUGCUUUAAUGCCAUCCAAUUCUCAGGGUACAUUUCCAUUACGUUCAUCUGGUUACGCAUUAACAUCAGCUUAUCCAUUAGUAUCUCAACAUCAACAGCCACUUUUAUCCACCAAUGAUAGACUAAAAUCAAAUUCAUCAAAUUUAUAUCAAACUAUUGAUGCUGAGAGUCAUCGUGAAUAUGUAACACAGAGUGAGAAGAGUGAAACAUUUCCAGAUACGCCAUUAUUGGCAGGAAAUUGUUAUGUAUAUCCCGUUGAACAAUCGACUUCACCACGAUGUAAUUGUGAUUCAACAACGUAUAAUGAGCAGACUACUACAACUCGUCAAUCAACACAUUCCCCAUGUCCCUUGUUUGGUAAUACAACUUGCAAAACAAAAAAAGUUCUACGACAUCGUUUAACGUGGAAAUGUACAGCCAUUAUAUUUAUGCUUUUAACUUUAUGUUUCUUUUCUUCCAUGAUUUAUUUAUCAGUUUUGAAAUGGUACUAUGGUAAAUAUCAUCCAACAUUCAGAGAAAAUGAUCUAAAUGCAAACAGUAUUUCAGCAGAUGUGAAAAGUUUACAUGGUACAAGUCCAAUGUUUAUUCGAAUUGGUGAUACAAUAAAGAGAUUUCUUGAACCACAAACAAUUAUACAAAUACAAUUUUAUAUUGAUAAAACAACAAUUAUUAGAUAUAAUUUGACAGCUAGUAAAACGGCAACAUUAGGUGUUUACUGUCAGAAAUCCAAAGCACCAACAUUAACACGAUUUGAUUUUUUUCAUAUAUUUGAUGGUAGUAAACAAACAACAACAAGAAUUAAAAGAUCAUCAACAAUAAAUAGUUCAAUAUCGUUGGUAUCACAUACGUAUGAUCGUUUAACAGUAUCAUUUAAUCAACAUAUGAAUGAAGGGCUAUGGUAUUUAACAGUAUUAAAUGAUGGUUACAAUAGAGAAGAGUUUAUUUUGAUUACAGAACAAAACAAUCAGUCUUGUCCAAAAAGUUGUACAAAUCAUGGUACAUGUAUCAAAGGUGUAUGUAAUUGCCACACUGGAUAUACCGGUGAUGAUUGCUCACUUGGACAGUGUUCAACAUUGUGUAAUGGACAUGGAGUUAUUGAGCGUGGUCGAUGUUUUUGCUACGAUGGCUAUCAUGGUAGCGAAUGUGAACUGUCAGCAAAUCAAUGUGAAACACCUAAUUGUAAUAAACAUGGCACAUGUGUCAAUGGUGUCUGCCUUUGUGAUACCGGUUUUACCGGGACUUCUUGCGAAUAUGAAACAUGCUUGCAGGCAAAUUGUAGUGGUAAUGGUUAUUGUAUCAAACGACGAUGUCGAUGUUAUCAAGGAUUUACCGGUGACGCAUGUGAAACAGGAAUAAUUGAUAAAUGCGAUAACGAUUGUUCUAAACGUGAAAACCAGUUGUCAAAUGUUAUCUGUUCAGUCGAUUGUGGACAACAUGGAAAGUGUUUUAAUGGCACUUGUCAAUGUGAUAACGGUUGGAUAGGUAAUCAAUGUACAGAACAGACGUGUAAUGUUAAUUGUGGAAACGGUCGUUGUCAAAAUGGAACAUGCAUUUGUUUAUCGGGUUUUCAAGGUCGAUUUUAUAUGUGUGCGAAUAACUGCAAUGGUCAUGGUGAAUGUCGAAAAGAAAACAAUCGUUAUUCAUGUAUAUGUCAGUCGAAUUGGCUUGGCCUAGCUUGUGAAUUGACGCGAGAAUUGAACUGCAACGAUCGAAUCGAUAAUGAUAAUGAUGGAUUAAUUGAUUGUUUGGAUCCUGAUUGUUGUUCAAGCUCACAUUGUUCAGCAACACAAGAAUGUAUAACAAAAACGAAUGCAAAAGAUAUUUUAUUACGUCGACAAGCAACAAGUUUAACAGCAACAUUUUUUGAGCGUAUGCAAUUUUUAAUUCAAGAAGAUGGUUUACAAACAUCGUCCAUCUAUUCAUCGUUCAAUGAAAGACGAGCAUCUGUGAUACGUGGUCAGAUAUUUUACAAGACAGUUUCACCAUUAAACGGCGUUAAAGUACAAAUAUCAAAUAGUCCAUCAUUAGGAUACACAAUCUCAAAUAAAGAAGGGUUUUUUAAUUUGUUGGUUAAUGGCGGUGGUUCCAUAUUAUUAGACUUUACCCGACAACCAUUUAAAUCAAAACAAUUAUCCAUAUUUGUUCCGUGGAAUAAAUUUGUACAUAUUGGUUACAUUUAUAUGGAUGAGAACGAUAAUAAUGAAAAUGGAAUUAGCAAACACAUUAAUUCAACAUGUUUAGCAAUUUAUAAUAAUUUUAUUGAACCAAAAAUUUGGGAAACAAAUUCAUAUCGAACAUUUAUUAAUAAUAAUAAUGGUUAUUCAUAUACACUCGGUUCACAAAUAUUGCGACAAUAUGUAUCGAUACCCGAAACUCAAAUGAAUCUCGUUUAUAUUAGUACUAGUAGUACAAAAAAAUAUUAUUCAAUUAUAACUAUUGUAUUAACAUCAAAUAGUAUACAUUCAGACUUAGAAACAAUUCAUUUACAGAUAAGCAUUGAAGGAACAUAUUUUUAUGAGAUAUUUGACGCUCAACCCGAUUUAGUAUAUGAAUAUGAAUGGAAUAGACGAAAUGCAUACGACCAAAAUGUAUACGGUUUAACUUAUGCCUCAGUUUCUGUUGGCUACGAAUAUUAUGGUUGUAAACAAAUAGUGUGGACACAUAAAACAAGUAUCGUCAAUGGUCAAGAUAUACCAGGUGCUAACGUUGGUGGAUGGAAUUUUGAUGUUCAUCAUCGAUUAAAUUUACAAGAAGGUGUAUUACACAAAGGUGAUGGAACAAACGUAUUGAUGAGUGAAUCACCAUGGAUGGUAACAUCUAUUGCUGGUAUAAGAGAUCAAAUACGAAAUAUUGAAUGUAAAAAGUGUAUGGGACAAGCAACAACAAUGAAAUUAUUAAAUCCAACAAGUUUGGCCAUUAGCAACGAUGGAACAAUUUUCAUUGGUGAUUUGAACAUUAUCUGGAUUAUACAAACAUCUGGAAUGACAAUGCCCGUACUGGAAUUAAGUCAAGAAUACACCUAUAAAUAUUAUAUGACAACAGAUCCUAUUGAUGGUCGAUUAUAUAUUGCCGAUUUUCAACGUCGUCAAAUAAUCCGUUUAAUAUCAACAUCAAAUAUAAAAGAUUUGUCACAAAAUUAUGAAAUUGUUGUUGGCGAUGGGAAUUAUUGUGGAAAUAUAUUAGACGAUGAUAAAGAAUCGUGUGGUGAUAGUUUAACGGCUCAAUAUGUUUCGUUAUCGUAUCCAAAAGGUUUAACAAUUAAUAAAGAAGGUACAUUGUAUUUUAUUGAUGGAAAUCGUAUUCGUCAAUUAAGAUUGGAUAAUAGUCGUGUCACAAAUAUUGUUGGGACUGUCAAAUAUGAAAAUGAUUAUAAAAGAUUACCGUGUAAUAAAACAUAUGAACUUGAUAAGUUUUCAUUCUAUUCACCAACUGUAUUAAACAUAAAUCCAUUAGACGAUGAUAUUUAUGUAUUAGAUGAUACAAUCAUCUAUCGAAUUAAACCAUUGUUUAAUCGUAUCGAAAUUGUUCUUGGAAAACCCUACUUCUGUUCAUCUAAUCAAAACUUGACCAUACUUCAUAAUCCAAUUGAUUUUACAUUUGACUCUUAUGGUGAUUUGUAUGUAUUAGAAACAAGUAGAACAAAACAAUCGUUUAUUCGUGUUUUAAAAUCAAAUGGAAUUAUCGAAACAAUUUCUGGUUAUUCACAAGUACCAAUAAUAAAACAAUUUCAAAUAGAUAAAGAUAAUAUAUUUUCAAAACCAAGUUCGAUUAUUGCACAUCCAGAUGGUACAAUUUUAUUAGCCAAUUCAGGAUCAAAAGAAAUUUUUAAAAUUAAAAUGAUCUCAUCGUAUGAUGAUGAACAAAAAAAUUUAAAUAUAUUUUCACCAGAAACAAAUGAAAUUUAUUUAUUUAAUCGAAUGGGACAACAUCAUACAACAAUUGAUGCUCUAACAGACUAUAUCUAUAAUUUUACAUACGAUUCACCACAGAAUGCCUAUGCAAGAUUAGAUUCAAUUACCCACCGAAGUGGUAAAAGUGUCGCAAUAAAAUAUGAUUAUGCAAUGAAAAUUAAUGAUAUUUAUUUACCAAGUGGGAAUAAAUUAAAGAUGCAAUUUUCAAAACAAAAAUUAUUAUCGAGUAUUAUGGAUAUCGAUGGAUCAUCAACACAAUUCAUCUACGAUAACGGAUUAUUGAUAAGCGUACUGGAAAAUAAUGUUGCUAAAAUAAAUUUUAUCUACGAUAAAUCCGGACGAUUACAAAAAGUUAUUCAUCAUGAUGGAUUUUAUAAUGAAUUUUCGAUUAUGGCAAAUCAUUCUUAUUUGACGUUAUUUGUCAAGAGUUUAAAUGCCAUUUCAUUAUAUCUAAUGAAUGAUUCAUCUAUAAUGCAACUUCAAAAUAAUCAACGUCUUAUUCGUCGAUAUAUCGAUACAAAUUCUAUUAUUUAUAUUUCAAAUGUUGGCGAACAAUUAUCUUAUAAAAUAAAUCAAUAUCCUAUUCUAACAACAAAUAAUCCUACUCAAAUUCAAUAUGAUUUUCGUCUAAACUCAAAUAUAUCAUUGACAAUUGAUAUUGUUUAUUCUUCACCAAAAUCAGUGGCCAACGAUCGAUUAUCAUCAUAUCAAAAUAUUGAUAAUAAAAAUCAGUUACGAACAUGGAAUAUGAAAGUAAAUAAUAAUAAUAUAUUGUCGAUUGAAUUUGAUCGUUAUGAAAGAAAACUGAGUAUUCGCGAUUCAAAAUCCGAUGAAAUUUUGCAGAUUGUUUGCUCAGAUAAAGGUUUGGUGACAUCGAUGAUGAGUCGUGGAUUUGUACCAAUAAUUUAUAAUUAUGAUGAUAAUGGUCAAAAAUUAACAAGUUGGCAAUUGGGUACAUAUCGUGAAGAAUAUAUCUAUGAUACGCGUGGUCGAUUAAUUGAAAUUCAAAAACCAAGUGGACUUGGCUCUGUUAAAUAUAGUUAUGGUAUUGGUGAACAGGUAAUUAAUUAUUAA